AUGGAUUCCAUAAUCUCAGACGAGGACCGUUUCACUCUUGUUGAGCAAUUCAACGCCACCGAAGACGCCACGACUUUAGGGUUUUGCCUCCCCGAGCUCUUUGAAAAAGUAGCUGAGCAAUAUUCCAACAACAUUGCCGUCAUCUAUGCCGAUACUCAACUGGACUAUGGAACACUCAAUCAACUUGCGAAUCGGCUGGCUCGCAUCUUAGUGGAUAAGCGAGGGGUCGGCCGUGGAGAUGUGGUCGGUGUGGCCCUUGAUCGGUCCAUUGACCUGAUUGUCGCAGUGUUGGCGGUGGUCAAGGCUGGGGCCGCUUACGUGCCCAUUGACCCGGCCUUCCCUGCUGAGCGGGUGACGCACAUGGUGAAUGAUGCGGGUCCGAAGCUCGUCGUUGUUAGUGAUAGCACCCUCACGGCUCUGUCGCCGUGGCGAGAUGUCUGCCUCAGUAUUGAUGCGGUACGGGGUAACAUGAAGCAGGUUGACAGAAGCAACUUAAGCACCCAGAAUGUGCGGCCAGAAGACCUCGCAUACGUCAUCUAUACCUCCGGGUCGACGGGACGCCCUAAAGGGGUGGAGGCGAACCACGGAGCACUGUGCAAUCUCCUGCUCUCGAUGCAGAGGGAACCGGGAUGCGCCCCCGGGGAUCGACUGUUGGCAGUAGCCACCAUCUCAUUUGACAUGUCCAUCCUGGACCUCCUCCUACCGCUGGCGAGUGGUGCGACGACGGUAAUCGCCCCUACAGGGGCUCUUCGAGACCCGGGGCACUACUCGAGUUGA